AUGGAGGCCACGGAGAAGCUGCGUCUGUUGAACGCCAGACUCGGAGUCCGGUCAUACACAGGAUCUGUAUGGCAGGAUGGGGCUGGUUGGCACCCUCUGCCCACACCUGGCCUGGACUUGCAAGCCAUUGAGCUUGCUGCCCAGAGCAACCACUACUGCCAUGCCCAGAGGGAUACUGGUAACCACUCUGACCCCAAGAAGGAUCGAGCCCGCCGCCAGCUGUAUGUGGCAUCUGCCAUCUGCCUGGUGUUCAUGAUCGGAGAAGUCAUUGGUGGUUACUUGGCACACAGCUUGGCAAUCAUGACUGACGCAGCCCAUCUGCUCACGGAUUUUGCCAGCAUGCUCAUCAGCCUCUUCUCCCUCUGGAUGUCCUCCCGGCCAGCCACCAAGACCAUGAACUUUGGUUGGCAGCGAGCUGAGAUCUUGGGAGCCCUGUUAUCAGUGCUGUCCAUCUGGGUCGUGACCGGGGUGCUGGUGUACUUGGCGGUGGAGCGGCUAGUCUCUGGAAACUAUGAGAUUGAGGGGUCGGCCAUGCUGAUCACAUCGGGCUGUGCUGUGGCUGUGAACAUCAUAAUGGGACUGACCCUUCAUCAAUCUGGCCAUGGGCACAGCCACAGCCAUGACCACGGGCACAGCCACGGUACCAGUGAGCAACAGGAGAACCCCAGUGUCCGAGCUGCCUUUAUUCACGUGAUUGGGGACUUACUGCAGAGCUUGGGCGUCCUGAUAGCAGCCUAUAUUAUAUACUUCAAGCCAGAGUAUAAGUACGUGGACCCUAUCUGCACCUUCCUCUUCUCCAUCCUGGUCCUGGGGACGACGUUGACCAUCCUGAGAGAUGUGCUCCUGGUUUUGAUGGAAGGAACCCCCAAGGGUGUGGACUUCACAGCUGUGCGAGAUCUGCUGCUGUCGGUGGAGGGUGUGGAAGCUUUGCACAGCCUGCAUAUCUGGGCGCUGACCGUAACCCAGCCAGUGCUCUCUGUCCACAUUGCCAUUGCUCAGAACUCAGAUGCCCAGGCCGUGCUGAAGGCAGCCAGUGCCCGGCUCCAGGGGAAAUUCCACUUCCACACCAUGACCAUUCAGAUUGAGGACUACUCUGAGGACAUGAAGGACUGCCAGGAGUGCCAAGGUCCCUCGGACUGA